GAUCGACGAAAUUCUUUUUUUAUACAAUGUCAAAAUGUAUUUUCUUCUGACAAGAGUUUUUAAUCAAUCAAGUUGACAAAAUCUUCAUCAUCAAAUGACUGCACAUCAGAUGUUUUUGAUGACUUCUCGUUAAUUGCCUCGCACUUUUUCUGGAUUACCGAAAAGAAACUUCAUGAUUAACGCGAGCGUAAGUCAGCUUGUGAAUCAAGUGGACAAUAGCAAUUUUACGCUAUACACAGAAUGGGAGAAUACAUCUUUCAAAAUAAUAGUGUUGAGAACGUGUACACUACCAUUAAGUGGCGAGAUGCAUGUAGAGAAUGCCAAUUACUUCUUAAAUCACUUAGACGAAUCCUUUGAAACAUAUCUAGAGAAAACAAAACAAGCAUUCUCUGGGAAAAACGCUGAUAUACAGUUCUUUCUGCAGGAUGAAUCAUAUGGAACAACAUUCACAUGGAAACAACAAAAUAUUCUCACUCGUGGAGAAAUUGCAAUGCAUUCUCUUUCGAAUAUAUUAAUUCUGUCUGAUACUUUAAAACAAUCAUUAGAACUCUAUCAACAAUAUCAAGAGCGAGCACUGGCACUGGAAAAAGAGAAUGAAUACCUAAAGAAAAGCAAUACAGAACUGAUCGUGGAUUUAGAAGAAAUAAUAAACAAAAAAGAUACUAUGGAGAAAGAUCUUUACAUGAAAUUUCUUUUACUUCUGAAUACAAAGAAGAAAAAGAUUAGAGAGCUUCAGGAGGCUUUAAAUAAUACAAAAAAGACAACAACGAAGUCAGUAUUUAAUGAAACCACUGAUGAUGAAAGUGAUGGAUCAGAUGUAAAGAGUGAGAAAAUGCUUGAUACUAAACCAUCCAAGCUAAAGAAACAAAAGAUGAAUUAUAAAAAUGAUCAGAAAGUUAUACCAAAAAGUAGUAAGAAAAAUUUUAACAGACGCAUGAAUUUCUCUUCUAGUGAAGAUACAAGCCCUGAGCCUUCAACAAGUAAAGUCAAAUUAACGUUACAAAACACGUAUGAUACAGUGAAAUCCAAGCGAGUUCUUAACUACUCAGAAGAAGAAUAUAACAGUUCUGAGGAGGAUAUGUUUUCCUAAUAACAAAAGUAAUAUAUUGCAUUCUUUUCCUUAUAAUUAAGAGAUAAUAUUAUGCAAUGUUUUAACGUAUUUAACAAAAUUAUUUAUUCAAUUGUUUAAAAAAAAAUUUCUAUAUGAAA